AUGGCUACCGCGAUGGACCACCUUUCGUCCGGCUCUACAAAGAUCGAAUGGAUCUCUGCUCUCAAUACUGAAUACAAGCCAGCAAAGAACUAUCGCCGCACAUCUAUUAUCUGUACCAUCGGCCCCAAGACAAACUCAGUCGAGGCUAUAAACAAGCUCCGAACUGCCGGUCUCAAUGUGGUUCGUAUGAACUUCUCUCAUGGCUCAUAUGAGUACCAUCAAUCCGUAAUCGACAAUGCUCGUGAGGCCGAAAAGGUCCAAGCUGGUCGUCAGAUCGCCAUUGCUUUGGAUACCAAAGGUCCAGAGAUCCGAACGGGAAACACCAAAGGUGACGAGGAUAUUCCAAUCAGUGCUGGAACUGAGAUCAACAUCACCACUGAUGAGAAGUACGCUACCGCGUGCGACGUGGAGAACAUGUAUGUAGACUACAAAAACAUCACCAAGGUCAUCCAGAAGGGCCGCAUUAUCUACGUGGAUGACGGAGUUCUUGCAUUCGACGUGCUUGACAUUAUCGAUGACAAGACGAUUCGUGCUCGUGCCCGCAAUAAUGGAAAGAUCUCUUCCAAAAAAGGUGUCAACCUUCCCAACACCGAUGUAGACCUUCCAGCACUUUCCGAGAAGGACCAGGCAGAUCUCCGGUUUGGUGUCAAGAACAAUGUCGACAUGGUGUUUGCCUCCUUUAUUCGUCGUGGUGAAGAUAUCACCGCCAUCCGUAAGAUUCUUGGUGAAGAUGGCAAGAAUAUUCAGAUCAUUGCCAAAAUUGAAAACAGACAAGGUCUCAACAAUUUUGCCGAAAUUCUCAAGGAAACAGAUGGAGUCAUGGUUGCCCGUGGCGAUCUCGGUAUCGAGAUUCCUGCUGCUGAGGUCUUCGCUGCGCAGAAAAAGAUGAUCGCAAUGUGUAACAUUGCUGGCAAGCCAGUCAUCUGUGCUACACAGAUGCUCGAGUCGAUGAUCAACAACCCACGCCCAACCCGUGCCGAAAUCAGUGACGUUGGUAAUGCGGUCACUGAUGGAGCCGAUUGUGUUAUGUUGUCAGGAGAGACUGCUAAGGGCAGCUAUCCAAAUGAAGCUGUUAGAGAGAUGAGCGAGACUUGCCUCAAGGCUGAGAACACGAUCGCAUAUGUUUCUCACUUUGAGGAACUGACUGCCCUUGCUAAGAGACCAGUAAGCAUAGUCGAGUCUUGUGCCAUGGCCGCUGUCCGUGCCAGUCUGGAUAUGAAUGCUGGUGCUUUAAUCGUCCUCUCCACUAGCGGAGAUAGUGCCCGUCUCCUGUCCAAGUACAGACCUGUUUGCCCAAUUUUCAUGGUCACGCGUAACGCCAGUGCUUCUCGCUAUGGUCACUUGUAUCGUGGCGUAUAUCCUUUCUUCUUCCCCGAACAAAAACCAGAUUUCAGCAAAGUCAACUGGCAGGAGGAUGUUGAUCGCAGAAUCAAGUGGGGUAUUGCUGAGGCUAUGAAGCUAGGCGUCCUUUCACAGGGUGAGACUGUUGUCGUUGUUCAGGGAUGGAAGGGCGGCAUGGGUAACACCAACACUCUUCGUGUCAUCAAAGCCGAGAAAGACCUCGGGCUUGAAGUAUAA